CUGAGACCCAGCAGCCAAUCCUGGCUCGGUAAGGGGGGAAAUGUUUUCAAUGUUGACCCUGUGGAGGUGGAGAAGUUGUAAUCAUUUACACAUAAUGAAGAAAUAGCAGAUCUACCCUACAGCAGUCACCAUGGCAUGUACACCAUUUAUUCUGGAUGGUGGAAUAUCAACAGAAUUAGAGGAAAGAGGAUUUCAGAUUCAGGGAGAUCCAUUAUGGAGUUCAAGAAUUUUGUACACAAACCCAAAAGCUGUUAAGGAUGUGCAUUACAGCUUUCUUCAGUGUGGAUCUGACGUUAUCACAACAGCCACAUACCAGGCUAGUAUUGAAGGAUUCAUCAAGCAUCUUGUCCUUAAGCCGGAGGAGGCCGAGGACUUGAUUAUGUCCGGGGUCCGUUUAGCCAGGGAGUCAGCAGCAGACUUCAUGGCCAGCGGUUUAACAGCAGACAGAGGAGUGCCUUUGGUGGCAGGUUCAGUGGGGCCUUAUGGGGCUUUUUUACACGACGGUUCAGAGUACACAGGAGUCUAUGCUGGCAGCAUGAGUGUAGAGGAGCUGAAGAAUUGGCAUCGGCCACAGAUUCGCAGUUUGGUGUCUGCAGGUGUUGAUCUACUAGCACUGGAGACUAUACCAAGUCUUAAGGAGGCAGAAGCCUUGGUGGAGCUGCUGAGAGAGUUUCCUGAUGCUAAAGCCUGGCUUUCCUUUUCCUGCAAGGAUGCCCAGAAUAUUUCAGAUGGCAACAAGUUUGCCAGGGCUGUUCAGGUGGCCUGUAACUCCGCUCAGUUGGUUGCUGUUGGGGUGAACUGUUCUCCACCUGCUCUAGUGACACCUCUUCUCGAAUCUGCAAAGUCACACAAGACAGCCAACGUGAACUGGGUGGUCUAUCCAAAUAGUGGGGAAGACUGGGAUCUCAGCACAGGAUGGCGAAGACAAGAAAGGAUUCCCUUUACAGAGCUGAGUGUUGAGUGGAAAGAACAAGGGGCGUUAUGGAUCGGAGGCUGUUGCCGUACCAGUCCUGCUGACAUUGCACAGUUAAAAAGUCGAUUAACCGAAACAGAAAAAUCACAAAUUUAAGACCUCUCCCCAAAAUACACACACACUAAUUUUUAGAAGAAAUUGUAUAAAUAUUUAUUAAGAAAUAAAAGCAACCACCUAUUUCCAGUUCUCACUGUCUUUAAAUGUAUGUGGGACUUCAGAUAAGUGGAGACACUCGUCAUAAUACAUACUCGAGAUGCUGCUGAGGCAAAAAUUACAACGGACACCACAACGGUUCACAUAACUUGAAAGCCACCAUGCUCUCGUACAGCAUUUCACAAAGAACUGAUAUUCGGUCACCAUACACAAUAAUAGAAAUGUCACUGAUGUUUCAUUUCACAGUAUGUGAUUACACCGCCUUAAAUGAGGAGAGAGAGAGACUCACAGUCCUGUUCAAACAGUCCUCUUGCUUCAAUUAGUCAGUGUGGCUGUUCUAUUUUCUCAUGGCUUCUACUUAUAUUAAUGCACUUUAAACUUUAAUCAUAACAUACAUUAUACGCGUAAUGUAAGUGAACUCACUAAGUUAGCCCAUUCUGUGCUUCAGGUGUUUAUGAACAAGUCCUUCUUUGAAGCACAUGACUGGAAUGACACUAAUGGAAUGCGUCACGCACAUAAAAUACUCACCGUACAUUUGGGUUUAUAGACCGCUGCACAUUUUUUGUUUGAUCUGCCCGUUUUUACCAAUCCUGUUGCUAGAAGUCUCUGAACUGACCAUAAGGAAGAAAUAGCUCACCCCCCCAACUCCCCCCUCCCAGUUCUGAUCUACCUCAGUUGUUGAUUGGCUUGAACAAGUGUGUAGAAAUCCCAAUGGAGAUGUAACCACUUCGUUUUUAGUCAGCGAUGUCCUCGUCCAGGUCGCUGUCAGGGCAGCCUCGGUGGCCAUAUUCUGCGGUGUUAGAGAUCCGUUUCCAAGCUUGCUCUGAUUUCUGAUUCCCCGUGCUGUGAGAGCGGCCCAGGUGCCCGCGUUUGGUUUCACCUUCAUCUACAGCUUCCCCUGCUGAAGUCUGGCUCCGCUGAUCCGCUCCCUGUUGGUGGUUAUCGUGCCUCAGAUUCUCCAAGUUUAAUGCCCAAGGUCCGAUUUUCUGCCAGUUCACUCGUUGGAAGGCCAUGAGACAGUGUAGGUUGCCUCCCACCUAAAAGUAAGAUGAAAUAAAAAGUGUUAUUUCAUUAAUAAUUAAGUAAGGAUGUAUCCACUUUAUGAUGUGAGGAAUAAAAUGUUCCAAAUUCUUAAGUCACUGACCUUUUUGGUUUUCCGAAACUGAAUGCCUCUUUCUGUAUGGCGAAUGUCCAAGUAUUCUGGGUUCUGUGUGUUCAGGUCAGUCACAAUAUCGGCCCACCUAAAUUGAAUGCGUGAAAUCAAGGUUUGCAGAACACAACUAAUCACCAAAUGAAUGAUAGCAGCUUCUAAAAACUCAAACUACAAUUCACAUUUUCUUGAAUAUUUACAGGAAUUCCUGACCAAAUCUGAGAUAUAAUACUAGUCCCUAUUCAUUAAUUUAUUCCUCUUUAGUAAUUGUUUGAUUAUAGUCAGGGUAUUGAUGGAUCUGAAUCUCAGGAACACUGGGGAUGAGGCAUGAACCUGGCACUGGUAGCUCAGUGGUGUCGGACCACUGAUUGAAAGGUUGCCACUGCUGGGCCCUUAACCUUCAACAGCUCAGUCAUAUAAAUGAGAUGGUUCUGGAUAAGGGCAUCUGCCAAAUGCUGUAAAGGAAUGCACCCUGGAUGGGACACCAUCCAUCACACACAUUCACAGUUUAAUACCGCCAAUCCAUCUAUCGCAUUUUUUUUUUUUAGGAAGAUAAGAGUUCCUCACACUUUGAUCCCUCUACACCACAAUGUUGCCUGCUAAUCAUAUCUAAUUGAAUAAUUAAAGGAGAUUGUACUUUUUACAGUGGAUGGCUGGAUGUUUCCUGCUUGGUUCCCCAAUAAGAAUCCAGUGCUCCAUUUCAUUCAGUGCAAGUGGUCCCCUGGGGUUAAAAAAACAAAACAAAAC